UUACCGAAAAAUAUAUUCGGUGCAGUUACCGAUAUUGUAAUUACAAACUCUUUUAGAAUUUAGUUAUUGCUUGGUCUCUCUGUAACGAAUAUUAAAUUAUUAGUUUAACUUUAGCUCUUGUGCUGAUAUUUGCAAUAUGAUUCAAGAUAAUGGAUCCUAUUAUUGAUAGUGACUGGCUUAUGAACAAAUCAGAACCUAUUUAUGACAGUCAAUCUGGCAAUAUUGCACGCAGUUGGGUAUGGAGAGAAAGAGGUAUAAAACCCCCUAACUCACCGAGCAAUAAAACUGUGUUAGAAAAUGUUGCUGAAGAUAUUCUUGUUCAAAAACCACUUAAAAUAAGAUGCUGUGAUCUACCAGGAUAUCCACGUUCAACAUUCCUCAUGGUCUUUAGUCCUGAUGGUACCAAAGUUGCAUCAACACAUGGAAAUCACAAUGUGUAUGUGUCUGAGUUGGCGAGUGGUAAACAUGUCAGAAUAUUAAAGGGUCACCCAAGAACACCAUGGUGUAUAGCAUUUCAUCCAUCACAUCCAGAACUUAUUGGGUCUGGUUGUCUUGGAGGCCAAGUCAGAGUCUGGGAUAUUGCAAGUGGUGGAAGUGAAGUAUGGAGUGUACAAAAGGAAACUGUAAUAGCAUCAAUAGCGUUCCAUCCUCGGGAGCAGUUAUUAGUGAUAGCCACUUCUAAUGAACUUUACUUUUGGGAUUGGAGUCAACCGGCACCCUUUACUAAAGUCUCAACUGAUGACAUCAAUGAGAAAGUGAGAUAUGUGGCAUUUGAUUCACUCGGAUAUAAGCUCAUAACAGGAAUAUCGCUGUAUAAUACUCCACCUUGUGCGCCUACUGUCUCUGAACGCAAUGCACACUCAAGUCCGCCAGCAAACUAUCGGAGACAAGAAUCCGAAGAUAGUCCUAACAAUAGAUUGGAUCCAACGGGCCCAACGGGAGAUGUCAUAGUUAAUUCUUACCAAAAUUUAGUACAAAGAUAUGAUAGUCUGGUGAGAAAUUAUCAGAGGUUGUUUUUGGUACGACAUAGGCUUACAGCUACGACCCCACCGCCUAGCACGACGGAUCGCGGUACAGACCCAAUGGAAACAGAUUCUGCAACAGAUAAUAAUGGGCCAAUUCGUCCAACGCGUAGGACGAAUUUCUUUAAUGAGGAUGAUAAUGCACCAACUCGACCAACUCGUAGGACGAUCUUUACUGAAGACGAUCCCACGCCAAGCACAUCUAGAACUAGUGUAAAUACAGACAAUGCUGAUACAGACCCACUUUCUCACAGUCGACUUUUGAAUCUGGACGCAUUGACGCUCGAAAGAGACUCUAUGAGGACAAGAAGCUCGAGCACCACUCGUCAAGAGUCCUCUGUAUUUGGUUCUCGCCCUUCAGCGUUUCAGCCUCUCAAUGAGGGCAACAGAGCAUCUCUUUGGCAGGCUUUACCAAGUCCCUUUACACCGCCAAGACGUACUUUGACGACUAGCGUUUUUAACCAAGAGAAUACGGGAUCUUCUCGAACAAAUGUAUUUCCCACUUACAGAUCGGUAACUCCCCCUCGCCCUCCCACUCCUCCUCCUCCUCCGGCCCCAGUAGAUCCCCAAACGAGUUUCAAUAACACCAUAUCUGAUUCUGUAGACGCAAUUUUUCCUUCAGAUAAUUCAGUACAAAUAGAUUAUUUAACUCCCUCGUCUCCAGACGUAAACAGCCCCAUUCAGGUAGUAUACGGUGGUUUCCCACCUGAAACCUCGAGCAAUCCUACCACGUCCAGUACAAAUACAACCACACAAUCUCCCGUCAAUACUCCAGUCGAUGCACAAACUAUCAACGAGAGUCUCGAUCUGAUACGUGACAUUCUUAGAGAUUCUGGGACGAGAUUGUUAAAUUUGAUCACUAAUAUGUCCUUAUCAAACUUGUCGAGAGAAAGGCGACGGGAACGCUCUAGAGCGCAUUCUGAUGGUGACGGAUCGAGCGAUGGAACUUCCAGAUCGCGAAAUACCAGAACUCGGCCGAGGUUAUUUAGUUCAGGCUUACCCAAUUCACUCUUUUUAUCAUCUAGUUCAGAAUCAGACAGUGAUAACCCUCCCGAAGUAAACAUAUUUAGAACCAGAAAUGCAUCGUUCAGAGAAGAUGCCGCCAGAAAUAGUAAUCGUCCUAAUGCAAGUGGAUCUACUAGACCGGAACCUCCUACGGACAGAUUAGUUUUCGAAUUAAACGAUGAAUUGGUGUUGGAAGAAAACUUCGAGUUGGGUGGUUUUAACGUGUCCCCCAAUCCUAGAACAUUUCAUGUUAGAUCACAAAAUCCGCAAUCCGCAGAGGAAAGUACAACCACGACAACUACUAGAACAAAUGAAGAACCUAGGGAGAAUCGGACACGGAGUAGUAGCUUCGACCCUAAUAUGCCCUCUACCAGUAGAGACAACUUUUGGUCCGGAGGAAACACGUUGACCUCCCAAGAAGCAUUUCGAAAAGUUCGAGGCGGCGUUAAUGCCUUGCAAAAACAUGUUCAACAGCUAACAAAUUUCUGGGUCCGCGGACAAAGGAUAAGUAUGCGGGACUUGCGUAAUAUGUGGGAAAAUUUAAGGAGGCGAAUUCUAAUGCUCCAUAGGGAAACGGGAAGACAAGAUGUUCCCAGUUAUUAUUCAAGAUCACUUUUAGAAAGAUGCAUGAUGUUGUCUGACAUGUCGGAGAAUGUUAGUCGCAGCUCAAGCAGAACUAGAGGCCACCAAAGGACAGAAGAGAGAAACGCUGAAGCAAGUAGGGAGCAAGCACCUGCAGAAACGGGUGAUAAUGAACCAAGUCCAAGUCCUGGAACUUCAAAUACAAGCAGACAGAAUAGAAACCCACAAACGAGAUCCUCUUCAGGGGGUCGAUUUUCUCCAUUCGCUAGACGCCGCCUACAACCUAAUCAUAGGUGGAGGCAUGAAGACGAAAUACGCAGAAGAGCGCGAAAUCCCACAUCAAACCGCUUAUCACCAAGGCUCUCCAGGCCUCGGCGAGAACUCGCCCGGGCUAUUGAAAUAAGUGCUACGAGGCAUGAGAUUCGGAUGCGCGCAAUGCAAGUUUUGUCUGUUAUGUUUAAUAUGAUGAUGAUGUGCUUGGAAGAGCCAGGUUUAAGCCAACUUAUCAUCAAUAUGUUACGAACGUUAAAAAAGGCUUUAGCUUUAACCUGUCUAAUGCUAAUGAGCAAUAGAAACGGUGGACGUGGAAGUGGAAGCACGAAUCCAUCUCCACAACGGUCUGAUAAUCGCAAUUCUAACAACUCUGGAAACACGGAUAGUAACACUGACGGCAAUGUCAAUGACACGAACACAUCAGAAUCAGUGCAAAAUUCAGUAUCAAGUGAGGCAGAGGAGGAUCGCGCUCGUGAAAGUACAUCUAAUAAUGGAGAAAAUGCUAUCUCUCUAACAAUGGUUUCUAGUCCUAGUACCAGUACCGCGCAGAAUGCAUCCUUAUCAUUACCUAGUACAUCCGCCGCUCAAAAGUGGAGUAAUCGUUUAGCUGUCCAAAUAGCAACAGCGAAUAGAAACACAUCCGUAACUGCCAGAUGUAGAAGAGAGUUAUAUUUAGAAAGUAGAAGGCUUAAAGCUUUACAUCGUACUAAUCCUACAAAACAUCCUCUUAUAAGGAAACGUGUGCCACCUUUGGGCUCUCACCGGAUUCCUAUGUUGCGGGCGUUACCUCGAAAGAUUGUCAAAACACCUACCCCAAGAGAUCCUUCUCCACCAAUCGCACCUGUAAUUUUCCCUCUACGUGGACCACCACUUGGUGAAAUUUCAAAUCAAGAGCCGUCUAGACUCCCACCAGAAGUUAUGAACGAAUUCGAGCACAGGAUUAAUUUAAUACGCAUAGCUCACAUGCAAGCCGUUAGAUUGAGAAAUGCUGCUAGAAAUAGAUAUAGACGCCUGCAAACAAUACGCCUGUAUACUCCUUCGUCUGUGCGCGAAAUGUUUACUCUUCAAGACGGAAAUGAUCAAAAUCAGCAAGGGGCCCGAUCUAAUAGUUCCGAAAAUCGGCCGAAUUUACUAAACAGAGAACGUCUUGUCGCCCGAGUUCCUAUUAAUAUACAUUCUGAAGAUAUGAGACAACUCCACGCCGGUGAGGCGCUGCUGCAAGUGAAUGACGCGGUCAAUGUCGAUGGACAAGGGAAUCCACAAGCACGAUUGCCUAGAAUUCACGAAUACUUACAACCAAUAAUUCUGGCACAGAAUGCAGUGGUAGUUGAAGAUGACGACGAGAAUAAUGGGGAAGGGAAUGGCUUUGCUGGUUUCGGAGUUCGACGAGUGGGCAUGGGAGGGAUGGCUGGUCUAUUGGACGCUAGUGUUAUAUCAGACAACUUUCCCUCCCCGUCCCAUAGAAUACAGGCAUGGGACUUCACUAGUGGAGACGCGCCGGACAUAGCCGAUGGUGACAAAAAUAUAGUGGUUCAGAGAUGCAGAAUUCAUAACGAUGCCAGUAUUGAUAUAUCUAAAGACGGCAGAUUGCUAGUGGCUCUCUUACCAGUACCACGAUUACGGAACACGAGCCAUUGGCUAGGUAAGAUAGGGGUAUACUCGCUGGAAUGGCCCCGUCUGGGUCACUGUCUUCACACAGCGGUGCUUGAGCAAAGCGCAGUAUCGGUAGCCCUCUCCCCAACUGGGCGACACUUGGCCGUGGGGCUUGGGUCUCGUCGCUUCACAUCGGUACAUCACGCGAGAAGCAGUGUGUUUGCGUUGCUGUUCAGGCUUGACCCUCUCGACGGCACAAGCCGCACCGGGCUUUCGCCUAUAAAAGAGUUGGAGCAAACAUGGGAACACGGUUUUACGAGCCUCAACUGUUUGCGUUGGGCGCCACAACCUGGCCAAGGUUUAGUCUACGCUAACAACACUGGCCAACUUAUUAUUAUGAGUUAGACGGGUCACGUGACGUGCGAAAUUUGAGUUUACUAUUAAAUGUCAUUGAGAUAUUGUUAGUGCCCAAUGUUUAUGUAUUUUGGCGCUUAAAUUUUGUGUCGCAUAUGAUACAAAAUCUAAAUAAAGUUUUAUCGAGUUUGUCAUUUCCAAUAAUUUUAACAAAAUCAAAAUAAAGUAGCAUUUUAACGAGGAUUGUCGUUCUCAAUAACGACUAACAUAAAGUAAUAAAUUACCAAAUGUAAUAUCCACAUUACAAUUGCGUAAUGAAAAUUUUAACACCAUUACGCAAUAACUCAAUGUAGUGUAAUUCAAGACAACGUUCAAACGAAGACAUGUUCAUUGCCGAUGUUUGUAGGUCAAAAACUUAAGAUUAAAAUGACAAUCUAAAUGUUUGCUUAUCAAGGAGCUUUAUUAGCGAUUUCCCAUCGUUUAUUGACAAUUACCUAAUAGGUAAAAUAUGAGAUUGGUCUGUUUAAUGAUCUCGGGCCUGUAUUGGCGGCAACCGGUAACAUGACACCCGGAACACCUUAUUGUUACCAUAUUUAGUUUUACAGCAGAAUUGAUUUAAUGAAUUGUAGUGUAAAACAUGUUUUAAAUGUAUUGCUUUAAAAAGUACAUUUUGUAUAGUACUCAGCGAUAACCUAGAUCAAAAUUACCAACGGCCAAAGAAUGGUAACCAUGAUAACGAAUACCAUAAGGCCGGAAGAGUGUUUGAAGAACAGUGGCUUCGUUCAACGGCUGACGCCAGUAGAAUGACAAGGAACAUAACAACGGUACCAACACUGUCUCUUUCUAAUGUGAUGUGUUAUCGUUUAGUACUGUACACAAAAAAAUCUAUAUUUUUAUCAGUCCUGUUAUAAAUCGUGUUCGAACCGUUUAAAACUACAUAUUUCCUUAUAUAAUAAGAUCCCAAUUUUUACAUGGAGUCAUUCGGUUUCAUGUACAUUAGAAUUUAGGCGUAGGUAUUUAAUUUCUUUAAUAAUUUGUAAUAUAGGUAGGUAAGAUGCGUGGGCAUAAAACUAUUUAUAUUUUUUUCUAUGUAAAAUUUAUUUUCAUUGUACUGACUUUGGUUGUAAAUUAAUAAUUUAUUUUGGAAUUUUUUAAAUAGUACAAUUUUAGUUCAAUAAAUUCGAUACGAAAAAGGCAGAAUUUAAAUUAUAUGGAUCUUAUAAUUUUCAUUGUAAAAAUUUGUCGUAUUUUAAUUUUCAUUCGACGAUAAAAAUGGUCUUUCAUAUUUAAAUAUCUCCUGAAAGCCGAUAACUGAUGGACGUUUUGAAAAUUAGAUUAUCUUGAUAAAAUGCUUUCGUUAAUAAUUUCUUGCGAAUUAACAAUUGAAGAAAUGUAAAUAAUAAAUCUCUUAUGUAAUUGUUUAUGCAUUAAACUUUUAAUGUUUCUUUAGUUCUUCCAUUAUGUUUGUAACUUUAUUUUUGUAUAAAGCUUAAUAUUUUGUUUAUUAUGUAAAAUGGUAAUAAAUAGAGAAUUUC